AUUGGCUUAGGCUACUCUGAAUAAAUUGGGUUCUAGAAAUAUUAGAGACACCAAUAAAAUCGCAGUGCUGUGUGGUACAAACAAAAGUCGAAAAUUCCAAAUUCUGGAAAACACGACCAAUUUGUUUGCUUUUGCAAGCAAAUGAUCAGCGGCUAGCGCACUUAACAUCAAUUAAGGCCAACUAUAUCUGCUUGCCAAUACAAAAAUGGGUCAAAUUAUGGGAUCCUAUGGUGCACGAAGUGUAGACCUUUACAUGGAUGAUAAACCUACAUUUGAACCUCACGCUGGUUUUAUACAGGAAAGAAAACAACGAGAAAUGAUAGCUCGCGAAGAGGAUUUGAUAUCAGCAAGGAUUCCUCCAGAAAGAAGGGACUACUGUGCCCACAAGCUGCUUGAUUAUCAGGUUUGCCGUUAUAAGAACAUGCCAAUGCUGUACAAGUGUGCUCAUGAGAAACACGAUUAUUUGAACUGUGAACAUCAGGAUUAUCUCCUUCGCAUGAAAGAAUUCGAACGUGAACGUCGCUUGAGAGUAAGAGAACAACGCUUGGUCGGUGCUGCUUAAUUUAUUCAUCAGCUGGAGUAGUAAAAACAUUUGUUAUUAUUUAUGUAAAUAGAAUAAAAGAUUAUUUCAAA